GUUCUCACAGCUGUCACCAUGUUCAAAGUGAAGCGGCUCAUCCACAAGGCAAUUCCGGAGGUCACCGUGCCGGCGGGGACCCUCCAGCCGUCCGAUCUGCAGCCCCGGCUGUCAGUACACUCGGGCAUUCCAGCGCAGGCCCAGUUGCUCGCUUAUGAGCCGGUGCAACGGCUGCUCGCCGUGGGCUCCAGCGAUGGACGCAUCAAGAUCUUUGGUGGAGACGGCAUCGAGGGCCUCUUACAGUCGCUUACCAAGGCGCCGACCUUGUUCCUACAGUUUGUCAACAACAAAGGGCGGCUGAUCCACGUGACCACCACGAAUCAGAUCGAGGUUUGGGACCUGGAGGAGCGCAAGCUCGUCGCUUCGUGUACCUGGGACACCGAAGUGGCGGCCAUAGCCCAGGUGUCGGGGGCGAACUACAUCUAUGUCGGCGACGAUUCCGGCGUGGUCCGCAUCCUCGAGCUGCGGAAGGAGCUGCUCCAGCCGCUGCCCUACUGCAUCCCACCGCACGUCACCUUAGCGGGCCUGGUCUCCGCCGACAGUGAGACCCCUCCGUCGGUGGUCGCGAUCCUACCUCAACCAGACGCGAUAUUUGGAAGGCUGCUCAUCGCCUACUCCAACGGCAUCCUCGUCCUGUGGGCGCUCCACGAGGGCCGCGUGCUGGCGCUCCGCGGCUGCAUCGAGCAGCAAAAGGCGCGCCUGCUCAGCUUCGAAGGGCGGCCCAGCCAAGACGGCGGUGACGAAGACGAGGAUGAGGAGACGGGCGAGCAGCUGCGGUGUGUCACGUGGGCGGACGCGGGGGGAGCCCUGCUGGCGGCCGGGUAUGACAACGGCGACAUCAAGUUCUGGACGUUUCCAAGCGGCAAGACGGGAAGUGUAUCCGAAGCCGAGGGUUUCAAGAUUGAGACGGAGCCCGUUCGCCUAGUUCGGCUCGCCCGAGGAAGCUCCCGAGCACCUGUUACUGCCCUGAGGUGGUCUGGCGCCAGCAGCCGAGACGGUGGCCGGUUGUAUGUCCUUGGAGGAGGAGCGGGAGGCACGCCGGAUCUCGUCAGGGUCGUAUCCCUGAGCCCCCCUUUGGACGGUCCGGACCUCCUCCACCGCGACCUUCCCUGGUUCGGACCCGUUUCGGACGCGCUGCUCACCCCUCCCCCGGGCGGCCUCUUCGGCUCCCCCGCCUCCGCCGCAGUCGUCCUCUCGUCCCCGGGGCAGAUCCACCUGUACGACGAACCGUCCGUUUCGGACGCUCUCACCCCGGGAGCGUCCGAAGACGCGCUCCCGCCGUUGCCGCAGCCUUUACCGCUCUUCGACCAGCUGACGCCGAUAACGGUUUCGGAAACGGUCACCGGGACGGCUGCGUCUGUUGGGCUGUGUACGUUGCUUCAGAUGCCGAGGGAUGACCGGGGGGCUCAGCUGCCUUCCGGAGGAAAAUGGCCGGUGGAAGGAGGGGCGGUCGGUUCGCCACCCUUCCAGGACGACGAACUGUCUACGGUCAUCGUGGCCGGGUACGAGUGUGGGCGGGUUGUGUUUUGGGACGCCUGCACGCCAGUGUUGCAGAAAGUUUGCGUGCUUACGGGCAGAGACAAGGAGAGUGAGAAAGUUCCACCAGUCACGGCGGUCUCCUUCUGCCCCAUAUCCGGGCUACUCGUUGUCGCUCACCAAGGAGGAAAGGUCAGGCUGUAUAUACUGGGCACCGAGGAUCGAGAGCUGACCCAACACAACAUCGACGGAGUUGGCAAGAUUGGAAAAGAUAAAAUCCAGGCGAGCCGCGGUUUUCAGUUGGUGUCCACCCUUUUGAUGCACGAGGCGUCUGUUCGGAGCAUUGCCAUCGCCAGCAGCCAAGCCAAGCUGGCUAUGGGGGACGACGACGGCAACGUUUCCAUCUUUGACCUUGCGAGCGGCACUUUCACCAACCUCGACCGCGCGUUCGACUUCAAGUCCGCCAUCGCCUCGCUCGCCUUCUCCACGUUUCCCUCCCCCGCCGACCCUGGUGCGACUUCCUCCAAGAGCCUCGCGUCCUCCCCCCCGAAGCGAACCGCCAGCAUUGGGAGCGACGGAAGCGGAGUCGAUGACGUCAGCGAUGACGUGGCGGUAUUGCUGUACGUGGCGGCCGCGACUGCGGCGGUGACGGUACUGGAUGCGGGCACGGGGUCGCCGGUUGGGGCGGGGCCGGUGCAGACAAAGAAUGCGUCCAAAGCAGUGGAGUUGAUCCUGCUUGAUUCCCAAGGCCGCCCCCUCCCCCGCCUUCUCGGUCCCCUCUCCCUCCCAUGGGCCUUCGACGGCCCCAUCUCCCCCAGACUCCCCCCUCCGCCGCUGCCAAAACUGACCCCCCAAAAGAGCGGCGGGAGCGCAAUGGACCGUCUCAAAGCCUUCUACUCGGACGAAGGCCCCGCCAGUCCCAAGGACGGUGGAAAAUCCAGCCCGAAAGCGCGGGACGGGAGCCCGAGACGGGGCCUCCGGCGGGAAUUUGGGGAGUUUGAGGCACUUUUCGUGUUGUUGGUCGCGGAGGACUGUCUGAGACUGUACACUGCGGCGGCGAUCCAUGCGGGUGACCGGACGGCGCUCAAGAAGGAGAAGGUUGGGGGUGGCGACUGUGCGUGGGCGGGCGCGGUGGGGUCCGAGGAAGAGAAGAUGGGGCCCACGGUGGUGCUCCUCUCGAAGCAGGGGGAGAUUCAGAUACGGUCCUUGCCGGAUCUGUCUGUGCUCUCAGAAGGGCCCCUCGCCGGCGCCGUUGGGUGGCCGCUCGACGCCCCCGUUCGCAGGUUGAAGGCAGCGUCCGUGGCGCCGGACGGCCGACUCUUCUUACCGGACGCAGUGUCCGAAACGCUCCAGCUGUCGCUGUACAAGAAGGAGAACGCGCUGGGACUGCCCGGUUCCCUCCCCCACCUCCACGACCACGUGCUUGCUGCCGCUGCCGAUGCUGCGGCGAUCGCGAGCCGGGGCGUGGCAGUACCCCCGGUUGCGCAGGAGGCGAAGCCGGCCGCUGCUCCAGAGGACAAGAAGAAGAAGAACUUCUUCACAACGAUGAAGGCGGCGGGGGACAACAUCCGGGUUGCUGCUGAGAAAGGCCUGAACGAAGUGAAGAAUCUCGCGGAGAACGUGGUCGCCGGAGGUGGCGGCGGAGGCGCACCGAUGGGCUUCUUGCAAGGGAAACACUCAGGGACGGUGCUGGCGUCCCACGGAGCGGACGAGUUGCCGUCCUUGUUCUCCUCUCGGCCGUUCGUCCCCGCCGCCCGGCGGCUGCCCCAAACUGACGAACUGCGACCGUCCGAUUCCUCCAAGAGCCUGGACAUCGACGACAUUGAUCUGGACUCGCCUUCAACGAGUACAACCACCUCCUUACGGAGCAAGGUCACGGCGCGCGUCAGCAGCGGCUUCGCCAGCAUCCGCCGCAAGAGCACCGAAAGCAAGCAAGAAGCGGAGCCCGCUGCCCGGGAAAAGGACGAUCGGGCGCGCCUUUUCGAGGGGGCCGCAGAAAGCGGCCCCAAGCAGCGCUCGGCGGCCGAGAUCCGGGCGGCGUAUGGAAAGACUGGCGCGGCGCAUGCGUCGGCAGCACAGGCGAGAGACAAACUGCUGGAGCGGCAAGAGAAGCUGCAGGGGCUUGACAGAAAAACGGCCGAAAUGCAAGACGGCGCAGCAAACUUUGCUUCCAUGGCGGCCGAGUUAGAAAAGAAGAUGGCAGGGAAGAAGUGGUGGCAAAUGUAAUGAUCUGUUUAGUUGCAUACUGCGUUUCAUGUCCCUGCUAGGACACAGAUAGAGCAGCAUAUCAGGGACUGAAGCUGCUCUGACUUCCUUUCUUUCUACAUAUAAAAGUGCAGCUAACACACUGGAUUGAUACUGUUCGUACUGAGCAGCCGGAGUCAAGCAAGUCGGACCUUCCGAGGCGCAAAGCACCGCUUUAUUAGCUUCCACUGAGUUACACGGAUUUAGAGAGUAUUGUAAACCUCGAAAUCUUUACGCAAAGAUCGACGCCCAUAUUCCGAUUUGAAUUGCGGGCAAUCAAGC